AUGCCACUUCGAAUUCCACGCAUUUGUACUCCCUGGCUCUGCAGAGGGUAUUCCUCUCCAACCGCCCCUCCGUGCCCUCCCCCGCCAACUGGAAUAUCAAACAUAUCCCGUUUCCGACAACUCAUUGAAAUCCACGGGCCAGAUGCGGCACAGUAUCUUCAAGGAUUAACUACGAGGAAUAUUCCCACGCUAUCUGACGGCGGGGGCUCUUAUUCCGCCUUUCUGAAUCCUCAAGCGCGUAUCCAACGAACUGUAUUUCCACUCAUGCUAACGAUAUCAGGGGAAAGUUCUCUACGACGUCUUCAUAUACCCGACCAAUAACAACUACUUCUGGCGCUCGCAAAUUGCGAAAAAGAACUUCCAACCCAUCCGCCACCCUACCACCAAAAAGGUUUUCCCGUUAGACGCUCCUGGCUUCUUCAUAGAAUGCGACAUAAGAUCCGCCGAUGCCCUCCUCGACCAUAUAAAUCGGUAUAAACUCUCCUCGAAGUUCGACUGCCGCCUUAUACCCAGGGGCGAAUGGGACAUGUGGGCUAUCUGGGACGACCGCCGGCUCCUACCCGUGGGCGCGGGCGACAUCGGAUGCGCAGAUAUCCGAGUGCCCUAUCUUGGAAAGCGAGUCGCUGUGUUUGGCGGCAAAAGUAUAGGCGUAGAAGUAGACGUCGCCGUCUACAAUGUGCGAAGAAUGCUCCACGGCGUUCCGGAAGGCCAGGACGAGAUCCUGAACGGCGGGAAUAUAGCACAGGAGAGCAACAUAGACUACAUGGGCGGCGUGGACUUUCGCAAAGGUUGCUACGUCGGUCAGGAAUUGACCAUCCGAACGCACCAUACGGGGGUCGUGCGGAAGCGGGUUCUCCCCGUCCAGAUCUACCGUCCCGGAGAUUCCGUGCCGGAGAAGCUCACCUACGACCCCAACCUCGACCUCGCGCCGUCACUGCCCGGGAAGAACCCGAAUAUAAGCAACCUGGACGGGAAAGGGCGGGGCGUUGGCAAAUUCUUGCGGGGCGUUGGGAACGUUGGGCUGGCGCUCUGUAGGCUGGAGGCUAUGACGGAUUUGGAGCUUGGAGGGGAGAAGGACAAGACGGUGCCGGAAUUCAAGCUUGAUGUCGAGGGGAGCGAGCUCAGAGUUAAGGCUUUUGUGCCCGAAUGGCAUUUGAUGGGGAGUGCCAUACCGCUAGCACAGAGGAACUCGGAACCGGCCCACAAAACGAUAGUCCGACGUAUAGUCAGUGACUGACGACAGUGAAUUUUUCUGCAAAUACUGGUAAACAAAACCAAGCAGUUGAAGCUACUCCUGGGCGGAAUAAACUAGUAGUUUUUGUUUUUUUGUUUUUUCUUAAUAUUGAAUCCGACGCACCCAGUUGGAGAAAUUGGCAAUGUAAAGUGGGAAGUUGUGAUGAGAGUGAAACAAGUACAACAUCCAGAUAUUCGCAGGACGAAAUACCAGAAAAGUGGGCCCGACAUCAUAGUCCAACCACAAGCCGUGAGGACGAGCCCGUUGCCGUAGAGCCAUUCACCACCAACUCCGCCCUUCCCGGCCCACCAUUAGGGUGCACUGUAUUACACUCGUAACGGGUACUCGAGUAUGAUACCGGUACCAGGUCCAGGACAGCUCCGGAUACCGCGCCUGAGACUGACCUGAACGGGCUGGUUACCGUAACUGCCUAUCUGCCCAGUAUAUUUCAUUGCUGCACUAUACGAGUAGAUUAGCAGAUGCUGUCCCCAGGCUACUCGAGUACACCACAACGAAUCCCUCCACAAUAUCGUCCCGGGUAAAUACACCCUUCCGGCAAUAUAACGGUGAUCGGGUGUGUACCAUAAUGACGGGCUCCUCAUCGGCCAAGCCAAUGACCCCUAUCAAAAAAGCGUUUUCCUGGUGACCAAAUGGUAGGAUUUCGGUUUGUGAAGUUUGGCGGACUAUUUCUUGAACCAUGUCUCAGCAACCGGGGACAUUCAGACCCAAGAAUGUUAAAUUACAGUACGAUGAGUUCCCGAUAUCUUGUCUCUUGGAUCUGCAUAGUGGGCUGGUUACCCGGCCAAGGGGCCAGGAUUUAAUUUCUGGGAAAACGUUUCCCCUGCAGCUCCCUUUCGGGAUCAAUCAUCUCGACAUCUCAACCACCCUGUCGGCCAAAUCGCCAAACUUGCCACACACACAGAC